UGUGAGCUCAGAUCACCCUCACAUCCAUCCAGGAGAUCCAUCAGCGCCUGCCGUCAUAUUCACAUCAGCAUUCAUCUGUGUUCCUGAGAGAUGGAGACCAUUGAGAAGAACCAGAUGCAGACAGCGAUCAUGGACAGUGAACUAUCAGAGCAGAUCAAAGCUGCGACUAAAGACAGUCACGUCCGAGCGGAAAACACUGAGCUGAUGCUGAGCUACCAGAGAGGACGCGUGUCCCUGCAGCAGUAUCAGCUGCUCUUGUGUUCGCUGUAUAAGAUAUACGAGGCGCUGGAGGAGGCGCUGGACACAAACGCCUCCCAUGAUGCCGUGGCACCCAUUUACUUCCCACAGGAACUGUCCCGACUGGAGUCCAUCGGGAAGGACCUGGAGUAUUUCUACGGCCGGAGCUGGAGGGAGAAGAUGAUGAUAUCGGCCGCGGCGCUGAGAUACGCACAGAGACUGAGAGAGGUGGGCCGAGAUCACCCUGAAUAUCUGGUGGCUCAUGCGUACACACGCUAUCUGGGCGACCUGUCGGGGGGGCAGGUGCUGGGCCGCAUCACGCAGAAGUCUCUCGGGCUGAAGAGCGGAGAGGGCUUGUCCUUCUUCUCGUUUCCGGCCGUCAGCAGCCCAAACCUCUUCAAGCAGCUGUACAGGAGCCGCAUGAACAGCAUCGAGCUGACAGAGGAGCAGCGGAGCGGCGUGCUGCAGGAGGCUGUCACUGCCUUUGAGCUCAACAUCCAGGUGUUUAAUGAGCUGCAGGACUCACUGAGCUGCGUCUCAGACACCGAGAAUGAAAUGAGGCAGAGACACACACAACACAAGCAGAGCACAACAGCAGCAGCCUCAGAUGAUAAAGUGUGUGAAGCGCUGCAGAGCUCCUCGUCUCUGGUGCCGCGGUUCCUGCGGACGCUGCUCGGUGUGUUUGUGGUUCUGGCCGUCGGGGUGGUCUACGCUUUUUAAACACAUUUAAACCGGUUUAAUAUGUCACACAUUAUUCAAAACUUUGAAAAACGACUCACAUUUUGUAGACAAUAUGUUAUUUAAUCAUGUCAAUAAUAAAUGUGAUUGCAUGUUUUCAGAAUUAUUCAAAUGUUGAAAUUUCCUUAGUCAGAAUCAUUUUGUAACCAUGUGUAUAUAUGCCUUUGUAUGAUUAAUACUAUAUUUUUGUAAUAAAAUCUGUUUCAGCA